GAUUGACGACAAUCCCAUUCGCUCGCCAGUUUUUAAAUUCUACGGAUAUUGGCGGAAGAAACGGGAAGAAAUUUUCUUUAAUAAAAGAAUUCCCUUGUCUCUCCUUUAUCUCUCCCUCUCCUCUCCGCGCUCGCUCCGCCCACGGAGAGGAGGAGAUCCCCUUCUGAGUUCGAUCCCAGGGCUUCAGAGGGGGCCAAACCAAUCGUGGGGAGCUUUCAGUUCAUAAGAACACGAAGAUGGUUGCACAAAAGUUCAAUGUGGACUUGAGCAAGCCUCUUGUUUUUCAAGUUGGCCAUCUUGGGGAAGAUUACGAGGAAUGGGUUCACCAGCCCAUUGUGAGCAAGGAAGGUCCACGCUUUUUUGAAAAUGACUUCUUGGAGAUGUUCACCCGUACUAAAUGGUGGGUGAUUCCAGUCGUAUGGAUCCCAGUUGUCUGUUGGCUCGUGACCAUGUCUAUCCGCAUGGGACAUGCAGUUCCUCAGGCAGCUCUAAUGGUUGUGGGUGGUAUUCUUUUGUGGACGCUGAUUGAGUAUGCAUUGCACCGCUUCCUUUUCCAUAUUAGAACAUCAAGUUACUGGGCAAACACCUUGCAUUAUCUUCUUCAUGGAUGCCAUCAUAAGCACCCGAUGGAUGGACUGCGCCUUGUUUUCCCACCAGCUGCAACAGCUAUUCUUUGUGUGCCUAUCUGGUGUCUGAUUAGGCUCUUAACAACUCCUACUACUGCACCUGCCAUAUUUGGAGGGGGCUUGUUGGGUUAUGUGAUGUAUGACUGCACCCACUAUUACCUGCACCAUGGACAACCAUCCAAAGAUACAGCUCGAGAUAUGAAGAAAUUUCAUUUGAAUCAUCACUACAGAAUACACAACAAGGGUUUUGGCAUAACUUCUCCACUUUGGGACAUCGUCUUUGGUACAUUACCCCCUCCAAUGCCAUCAAGGAAGAGCAGCUGAUUUUAUUAGUCCAGAGUUUAGAAGUGGAUGUAAUUUAUUAAGGUCUUUUAAGGUAUUUUUCCUAUUCUUUCUAAGCAUUCUGGCUAAUGUGAAAAUCUUGGGGCUUAAAAUGGUGAUAUUGUUAACAAUGUUUUUGGUCUUUACUGGUUUAAGGAGAGUAACCCAGCUAGCCUUACUUCAGCCUCUGUGAUUUUUGCAGCACUCCGAAUCUAUAAUUUGUGUAAUCUGUUUAAGUGGAAGCAGGGAAAGCAACUUGUAAUUUCGUUUGAAGUCAAGAAAUUUGCCUUCUUGAAUUUGUAUGAGGAAAGAAAGAAAGAUCAAAGAAUCAUAGUACAAUUGGGUUUAAAACAUUCAA